AUGUCUCUCGCUGUUAUCGUCGUCUCGCUCCUCUUGCUCCGCGGCGCAUCGCAGCCGUCCGUCAUGGCGCAGAUGCCCGACGUCAUGCCACGUGGGCAGAUCGGCGGCGAGGCGGGUAUCGAGCGAGCCAUGUCUCUUUUCCGCGUGAGUUCUCGCUCCCUCGCUCGCUCCCGUCUGCACACAGCUCCUCGCGCCGCUCUCCGCGCCUCCGCGCUACUCCGUCCUCGCGUCACGCUCUCUCGUCACCUCAACUCAUCUCCUCACACCCUUCGUCUUGAUCCCUCAGAUAUGGGAGGACGCAUAUGGGAGGAGGCCUAUGGAUUGAAACCCGACGUUCACUUGCCGCCCGCGAAAAUCACCUUGCCGGCCAUCGUGCCGCGCGCGCCGCACCUGGAGGACUGCGAGGCGCUGACGGCGGCGAGGAAGGAGUCGGAGCGACGCGGAGGGGACGGGAGCCUCCCUGUGUGCGUGUCCGAUGCGGGCAAUCUACCGCUGACGCGUGUGGUGCAGUGGGACCUGUGGUGGGAGCACCAGCUGUUUCCCCUGCCAUUUUCUCUUCCAUGUCUCUUCCCACCCCACCUCCCCUCGCGCCUGCCUUCCCCCCAACCAGGUGCGCAGGUGCGCGGAUCGGAUGCAGACAAUCUACCGCUGACGCGGGUGGUGCAGAGGGAUCUGUGGGAGCACCAGCUGUUCCACGGCAGCUGCGACGGCAGGCGCCUGCUCGUCGUGCCGUGGCCCACCAAGACCCACCACGGCGUGGGGUCACAGAUACACGUGAUGAGCACUUUCCUGAGCCUGGCCUUGAGUCACAACCGCACACUCGUGCCCGCGCCUGGCUCGUACGACCGAGCAUUCACUGAGACAUGCAAUUCCACAAAGACAGGUGGGGCGUGGGGUUGCUACUUCUUCCCCAUAGUGAAUCCCGACUGUGAGCGCGUGGUCUCGGAUAUGACAGCCAGCAGCACCAUGCCCCCUCUCUCCUCUGACAAAGUGGGCCACAAUCGCCUCGCUGCCUCGGGCGACCUUGUGGUGCAUCUCAACGCCAGCUGCGACAGCCAGAUGAAGCUUGAGGCGCGUGCUGCUAAGCUAUGGGGCGAUGCGUUCGCGAGGGCCCCGAAUGUGGUGGAGUAUAUGGGGGAGCAGCCGCCUGCUGAGACCAAUCACCCCGUGGUGCACUGGUGGCGAUCCCAGUCAACACGCUUCAUGCUGCGCUGGCCCUCCCCUCACACGUGCCACCAAAUCAACAAGGAGCGCCACACCGCCUACGGCCUCCUCACCGCAUCCCACCUCUCGCGCUACACCGAAACCCAGACCGAGAUCCUCCGGGCCGUCGCAGGCAAUACAUCCGAGUCACCCGAAUCCAAGAAACUUUCCGAGAUUUCCGCGGGCCCUCCGGGACCCAUUGAAUCGCAAGUCUGGACCGUCCGGGGGUUCGCGGGGUGUAAAGAGACCUGCAUGAGUGCUGCAGAUGCCAAGGCGAUAAAGGAGACGUACGCAUCGUUGGGAGGGGAGCCGUUUGUGAUGCGGCCGAUCGUGAGUGUGCACGUGCGGCAGAGCGACAAAGGGACUGAGAUGCGCCUGUCGCCGCUCGCCACGCACAUGUUCUUUGUGCAUCGGCUGCGCCGCCACGUGCCGGACCUGCGACACGUGUGGCUCAACACCGAGAUGGAGGUGCGUUGUGACGCCUCAAAAUACACCUCAAUGUCGCCGCUUGCCACACUCAUGCUCUUUGUGCACCGGCUGCGGCGCCACGUGCCGGACCUGCGACACGUGUGGCUCAAUACGGAAAUGGAGGUGCGUGCGUGGGGCAAUGGAUGCUUUGAGAGGUGCGUGGAGAUGUGUCUGUCGCCGCUCGCGACGCACAUGUUCUUUGUGCACCGGCUGCGGCGCCACGUGCCGGACCUGCGAUACGUGGGGCUCAAUACAGAGAUGGAGGUGUGUGGGGCAACGAAUGCUUGCCUUGCCCAUGCCUUCUACUCCUCCACCUCUUUAUCGCUUGCCAAUGGCGUUGCUUGUCUUCCCUAA